AUCGGGACACGACGGCUACAUGCUUGCUAACGCCAGCAUACGCCGCCAUACUUGAUCUGUUGGAGGGUUGAAGCUGCUUCAAAAAAUUUCAUCUCCAAACAUCGUGACCAUGGCUGAAGAUUCAGGAUUCAAAUCUGACGGGCGUGACAGGUCUCGUUCCCCUGCUGAUGAUGACAGCCGUGACAUGGAUGGGGAAAAUGAUCGUAGUGGCGAUCGUGACCGCAGUCGUCGCAUGGAUCGCAGUAGAAGACCAGAAAGAUCGAGGGGUGGUUCAAAGCGUGGGUCAGCAGAGACUCGCAUAUAUGUCUCCAAUAUUCCUUACGAGUACAAGUGGCAAGACCUAAAAGAUCUUUUCCGCAAAGAAGUCGGUGAAGUGGCAUACGUAGAAAUGUUUAAUGAUGAAAACAACCGCCCUCGAGGAUGUGCCGUAAUUGAAUUUGAAUCUGUUGACCUUGUGGCAAAGGCUGUGGAGAUCAUGCACAGAUAUGAGCUGAAGGGCCGCAAGCUAGUUGUGAAAGAGAAAGCAGAUGACUUACCACUCUCGCAGAAUCGGCCUGGAAACAGAAGGGGUGGGGCUGCUCGCCAGGAGUUUGAAUCAGAUAGAGACCGCCAUAGAGGUCUGAUGAAAUCGGAUAUGAGAGGAGGACGUGACUUUGCUCGCGGUGCAGAUUUAGGUGGACCUCCUGCAAAUAAAUACGGAAACACCUAUGGUCUGUCUACUGUGUUUUUGGAAUCACUUGGAAUUACUGGACCUCUAGUCAGCAAAGUUUUUGUGGCAAAUCUUGACUACAAAGUUGACGAUAAAAUGCUAAAAGAUGUUUUCAAGAUUGCUGGCAAGGUUAGCUGCGUGGAAAUCAGUAAAGACCAAGACGGAAAGAGCCGUGGAUUUGGAGUUGUUGAAUUUGAGCAUCCAGUGGAAGCAGUACAAGCAAUUUCAAUGUUCCACAAUCAGAAUUACUAUGAUCGUAAGAUGAGUGUUCGGAUGGACAGAGUUACUGAGAAACAAGAAUCGUCUUCUGCAAAAUUGCCUCCUGGGUUAAAGAGUCUUGGAAUGGGGCUUGGUGUUAAUGGAUCUGCACUGACGGAUGUGGCCACUCUUCCUAAUUCAGUUGCCACUGGUGUUACAGCAAUGCCUGCUGUUGGUGCAAUGGCAACAAAUAUGGGCAACAUGGGUGGUCAGGGCAUGGGCAUGAUGGGAACUGGCAUGGGUGCUGGUAUGGGUGCUGGCAUGGGUGCUGGCAUGGGAACUGGAAUGGGGGCUGGUAUGGGAACUGGCAUGGGUAAUAUGGGAGCUGGCAUGGGUAAUAUGGGUGCUGGCAUGGGUAACAUGGGCACUGGCAUGGGCACGGGUAUGGGCACAGGCAUGGGUGGUGGUAUGGGUGGUGGUAUGGGAGGCGGCAUGGGUGGUGGCAUGGGAGGAGGCAUGGGCAGUGGAAUGGGCACUGGCAUGGGUAAUGGUAUGGGUUCAUCAUUAAUGGGUGGCAUAGGGGGUUCAGGCAUGGGCACGUCCUCCAGCAUGGUGUCCAGUCUGACGGGAGUAGGCUCUGGCCUUGGCGGCGGCAGUGGACUAGUGAGUUCAAGUAUGAGCCGUGGAAGCCUCGGUAGCAGUGCGGGAUAUGGAGUGUCCCGUGACUACAACCACGGCACCGGCACCAGUGCCUCUAACAGCAGUUACUCUGGAGGAUACAGGAACAUCAUCCAGCUGAGCAAUCUUCCUGUGGACUACACAUGGCAGUCACUUCGGGACCUGUGUCGUGAAUUUGGAGACAUUAGAUUUGCAGAAAUUCGAUCAAAGGGAACUGGAACUGUCAGAUUCCAGACGGAGGCUGAUGCUCGAAGAGCAGUUGAAAUGUUGGAUCGCCAACGUCUGGAUGGAAGAAUCCUUGAUGUGGUUCUUCUGUAAUGUUCAUUACCAGGAGGAAGUAUUUCUAGGUGGAGCAAGAGUGAAACGAUCUUUGAGAAUAAAACGGCUCAAACCUGAUGAGGGCCGUGACGAGUGUACCGUGGAGACAGCCGAUGACAACUUCCAAAGGUAAUGGCUGCUUACAUGAGGGCUUGUGUCAUCUCGGUGGCCCGUCAGUUUCUCGAGUUGGCAGUUAUGGAGGAUUGGAUUAUGCCUAGUUUGGAAAGCUUCCAAGCAGAUGGUUUUGAAGACUGACGACUUUGCUGGAGAAUUGCUGAGUUUAUGGAUUAUACAUAGCAGUCUAAUUUAGGUGUUUGUAUACCUCACACCAAGUGGCAAUGUUUAAUCACAGUUUUGAACUCUGGCGGUGGCUGUGUUCGAGAUUAGUUCGAUCUGGUGUUGACAAACUGCAGUGAUGGCUUGGUAAUUUGCUCCCUAUACUGAAUAGAAAAUUGUCGUAUUAAAAUAUUCAUGUAACUUUUAAAAGAGUGUAAAGAAAGAUUUCAUCCUUGCUGUCAUUCUUCUAUAUGCAUGUAAUGACGAUACCUUUUUUUAAGUAAGGUUAGAUAGUAGUGCUCAUCAUUUGGUCCUUUGAGAGGAUGUUUGCGUUCUACACACUAGUUGUUGUAAAUGUCGAAGGAGAAUUGUGUUCAGUUCACAGUUGAUAGAAGUGAAGUUGGAGUAGUAUAAUUGGAUCAUUGUACCUGUUUAUAGAUAAGAUGUAAUUCGCCAAUAAAUGGGCAAUGGGCCGUCUUUGC